AUAGAGACAGUGAACGAACUGCACGUCACAAGACCCAAGACUCCACCGAAAGAAGAGUUUGUAGUUAUCGAUGUGAGGCCAAUUAAUAAAGAAGCUUUGGAUACAAAAUUAACGUCUUCCCUUACCUACCGAUCUAUGUCGGGAAAAUCCCAUGACAGGGGGAAGAAGGAGGUCCCGCCCUGGCGCUCUUCAGAUAAACAUCCCACCGACACCAUACGAUACAACUACCUGGAUAACUUCGACCCCAUCGAGCAAGCGCGACAGGUGAAAAAAGACCACCUCAGCAGUCUCAGUCCUGAACAAGCAGAACCUGGAGCAAAGAAAGACAGCAUCGUCUGCUUCCUACAAGCUGCGCAAAGCCAAGUCCUUGAUGUCUAUUGCAGCUGAAUUUGGAAAAGUCCCCAGGGCCCCAUCCAGACCAAACUGGGCUACCCACCUAAACGGAGAGUACCCAGCAAAUAAGACAACGGCGAAGACCCUGGCGCAAAGCACUGAGUGGAAUGCCGGGAUAAGACCUGC